AUGGCGUCUGAAUCACCUUUGACGGGUUCUACCGUCGACUCACGGGACGUCUACACACUUCAUAACCAACCCUUCUCGCUAUUUUCAAUGAUGGUCAGAUUUACGUACGCCCUGGGGCGUAGCUCAGCCGACCCGACCACUGCCGGAGUCCACCUGGAAAACAGGCUGGUGGAUCAUCACCGAGACGAGAACCUUGCAGAAGACUACCUGUUGAACAUCAACCCCAAGGGCCAGGUUCCGGCGUUGACGGGCCCUACGCUGUCAGCCCCCUUGACUGACAGCGUUGAUAUCUCGUACUGGCUCUGCGAGCACUACCCCAAGCUUCUCCCGCCCGACCACGAAUCGACAAUCAGGGACAUGUUCCGCAAGUUACAUGACAUCCGAAUCUUCGCUCUCUCUGCGCGGCGUGAUUCCAUUCCACCAGAAUGGCAAGCAAAUGGAAUUCCACCCACUGCUAUCGAUGCUCUGCUUGCCAAGCCUGACUCGGAAAUUUCGCCCGAGUAUCGAAAGGCACUGGAGAGCAAACGAGAAUUCCACAAUGAGACCAAGGCGGACGCCCUGAGACCGGACCGGGUCCAGCUGGCCGAGAGCCAGGCUCAGGGUUACUUCUCCGAGCUGCUUGCCAUCUACCAGGCCCAUGGAGGUUACUCGCUGUGGCUGUUUGGGCCACGUGCGGGCCCAACGUUGCUGGAUGCUCAUACCGUACCGGUCAUCGCACGCCUGCUGGACGAGAAGGUGAAGAGGCAUGGCCUCGUUCCGGGGAGGCUUCAGGAGUACGCGACACGUGUGAUGAGGCUCCCAGAGUGGGAUGCGGUCAUGCAUGGGCGGCCGACGGUUUGGAAUGCUUCUCUGGGCCCCGUGCGCGAUAUGGACCCGCUCUGGUAG